UUCAUUCGGCAAAAAAUGGUGAAGGUUGGUGUCGGUCUCACACUUUUAUUUUGUCUGUGUGGCUCUUAUUGUUGUCAAUCAAAAAAAAAAAAAAAAACUCAGGGAUCAGGUUUCGAGUUCUGUUUGUGGGGAGAAACGAAUACUGGACUCCAACGACAAGCAGUAGUAUUUGAAACGUUUUAUCAGACAGGCUGAGAAAAAGGGGAGGUGAAAUUUAAAAAACGGUCAAUUAAGCAUAUACAAAAAACUGGGUUGUGACUACGAUGAACUAAAGUCAAGCGUACGUAGGGGGAGUUUUUACUGUGCGCAGGAAGAAGACAGGACCUGCUGAUAACAGUUUGCAUAAUAUUGCCUAUUCUUCGUGGUUUAACGUGGAGUAAAUAAAUAAUGGAUGGUGAAACAAAAAUAUAUAAACUAUAGACCGUUUUUACGCAGCUUUUUCUUUGAUCGCAAAAUUAUAUAUAUUGCAUUAUUUUAUUUUAUAUAUUUUUUACUACCAUUUUGGCAUGUCUUGCUGUAGACUUGAAAAUAAAUGAACAACUAGCCCCUUAGCCAUUUCUACCUUGUGGGGUCUGUCGGGUUUUCAAGAUUCAAGACAACAGGACGGCUUUGCGUUUACGUUUUUAGUUGUGUUUACAUCACAGUGGCUGAAAUGAGAAGCUUAUUAAGGCCCAAGGUCCCAGGCCUGAUAAUGACUGCAUCGGCUUGAGUCACGACCAGAUUUGUGCUCAAGAGAUUGGAGUUCCAUACGGAUGCCAAAAAAUGUGAAACAACAUUUUCAUCUUAUUUAUUUUUUAAGUAGUACUACUGCUAUCCUGUUGAGGUGGGGUGGGGGGAGGUGUGAUGGAUCGGAACAAGCGGAAUUCGAUAGCGGGGUUCCCGUCCCGGCAAGAUCGGUUUGAGGAUCAUGAGGGAGAGGGAGGGGGAGCGGGGGAGGCGGGUGCACCCCAGGUGGGCCAGUUCUACUCCUCAUCCUAUCGAGCCCUCAUCAACGCCUUCUCCCGCCUCACACGCCUCGACGACUUCAUCUGCGAGAGAAUCGGCACAGGCUUCUUCUCCGAAGUUUACAAGGUGCGACACCGGACCUCUGACCAGGUGAUGGCCCUAAAGAUGAACAAGAUGAGCAGCAACAGAGCUAACAUGUUGAGGGAGGUGCAGCUCAUGAACAGGCUGUCGCACCCCAACAUCCUCAGGUUUAUGGGCGUUUGUGUGCACGAAGGCCAGCUCCAUGCACUAACUGAGUACAUCAAUGGUGGUAAUUUGGAGCAACUUCUUGACAGCAACAAGCACCUGAGCUGGACAGCUCGAGUCAAGCUGGCACACGACAUUGCCAUGGGUCUGAGUUACCUACACUCCAAGGGAAUCUUCCACAGAGACCUGACAUCCAAGAACUGUUUGAUAAAGUGUGAGGAAGACGGUUACACAGGGGUGGUGGGAGAUUUUGGCCUUGCUGAGAAAAUCCCUGAUUACAGUGUUGAAAGUGAGAAGUUGUCGGUGGUCGGCUCCCCGUUUUGGAUGGCGCCUGAGGUCCUCAGAGAUGAGCAAUACAAUGAGAAGGCGGAUGUCUUCUCCUAUGGUAUCAUACUCUGUGAGAUUAUAGCCCGAAUACAGGCUGAUCCAGAUUAUCUCCCACGCACAGAGAAUUUUGGUUUGGACUACCAUGCUUUUCAGCACAUGGUUGGAGACUGCCCACCUGACUUCCUCCAGCUGGCUUUUAACUGCUGUAAUAUGGACCCCAAGCUCCGUCCUUCCUUCCCAGAGAUGGUGAAGACACUGGAGGAGAUCCUGAACCGGCUGAGAGCCGAGGAGUCGGAGAGAGAGAGGCUGCAUCUCAGUGUGGAGAGCAUCGACAGGAAGACAAUUCCCAAAGGUCUAGGUGAUAAGAUACAGGGAGUGAAACGCUCAAACCCAAUGGGACUUCAGGACGGCAAGAUCCCUCCCAAGUCUCCCAGGCCAAGACGGAACAUCUUGAUUUCACGGAGCCAGUCGGACGUUUUCGCUCGGAAGUCAAGUCGCAAGAUCAACGUUCAGGACCCCUACUACCAGCCAGCACGAGGUGGGGCUGGUGGCCGCAAGAUCAAUCCCUUCAAUGCCCGGGAGGACCUCAAGGGUGGCAAGACCAAGUUUUUCGACAUGCCCAGCAAGUCUGUUAUCUCGCUGGUGUUUGACCUGCACUCCCCCCAGAGCGGUGUGAUCACCUCGCAACAACAGUUCAGACAGGGCUGUGUGGGUGCGGGGGGGGUUGAUUACUGGCAGGACCCUUCCCUGUUUCCAGGCAGGCGCUGUCGAUCGCUGCCCGUCUCUCCUGUGUUGCUACCCAAAGAGUGCUUUAGAAUCUGGGGCGGUGGGCUGUCCUCCACUGUCUGCAAGUGCGACCCUGUGUUGCUGGGCAACGAGGUGCGACAGAAGGUGCUAAGCAGUGGAGGCAAAUAUUCUGUACUGGAGAUCCCGCCCUUCCGUCCCAGGUCCAAGUCGGAGGAAUUUGAGGAGGAGGUAGACAAGGAUGAUAGUGAGGGUGGUGAGAGUUGGUCUGCUCAUCACCACCAGGCUGCUUCUCAGUCUGCUGAUCGGGGCGAGGCUAUGGAUUGCUCAGACAGCCAUGGGGGACCAGAAGAACCAGGGGAGGAUGAUUGUGAGUUCUACCCUGCUGUGGACAGGUUAAGCCCCCCAGUGAGUUCUGGACAAGGUGAGAAUGGCACUUCGAGUAGGAACUCUGUCUGUGAGGAUAUGGAGGCAGAGAACGAGGAGAUGCAGGAUGUGUCCAAUCUGAGCAUUCCUGAGCCCGUAGUGACGGGGUUAGGUGCACAGACUCCAACUAUAGGCAGCGCCAAGCCAUCCUUCAGCCUCAGCAUCUCUGUGGAGCCUGACUCCUGUGGGGAGUCUUUUCUCUCUGAGGAGGAAAGAUUUGGCCCCAUCAUACUAGCCCCCUGCGUGGGGUCUAGAUCUCCAGACAUCCAGUCCAAAUGUGACAUUUAAAAAAUAAUGAAAUGGAGAAGGAAAAAAUUAUAUUACUUUUUUCACCCCAAAUGUUAAGGAAGAGUAACAAAGUUUGUAUGUUUAAUUGAUGGCAGACAGAGGUUUUUUUUUUUUUAAUGUUAUUGUUGGUAUAAUUAAUAUAUACACUAUAGCGGUUCCAGAGAAGUUGUUGUGUAUUGUUUGUACAUGAGUUCCUGAAUGAUAAGUGAGGGAUCCACUUUGGAGUCAUGGUCCAAUAUUUUACAUACUGACCAUCAUAAUCAGCUUAGUAUACAUAGUAAGACUAGCCCUGGCUAGGAGUGACCCAACUAUUUUCAUUUUGACAGCUAUCUGCAGUUAUCAAACCUGAAACUCAACUACUCCUGAGAGUGCAUGGAUUUUGAAGGUCCACAUCAAUGUUUGAUAUUGUAGGUUUUUGUCAAUAAUAAUAACCAAGGCUGUAACGUAUGUGGAAUGACACAUUAGCAGAUUUAUCUUUUAGAUAAAUAUUAAUAAUGCACACAAAGAACACAGUACAUUAACACAAUACAAUUUAAAUUUAGCUAAUGGCAAUAUUACGUUUUUAUAAAGUAAAAACAAAACUAAAGAACAACAAUACCGUAAGUGCAAAAUGUUGUGUUUUUUUUGUUUUUUAAGAAAUUAAAUAAAUGGCUGUGUUAUUUAUAUCUUAAAGCAAUCACCAAUUAUUGUUUUCGUCAUGAGUAUAUGUAAAGUGUGUGUAUACACUCUCUAAUAUAAAUAAAACAAAUGCAGAGGGUGAAAAUGUCAUUUGGAACCCACAGAUAAGUAUAAGUGCGUUCUAGCUUCUGAACAUUUGUUUCAAACAGUGAAUGAGAAAUUUGCCUCCUUGAGAUUUUGUGAUUUAAAGUUCUGCACACAAACUCCCUACAUCAACAGAGACCUCAAGUUCAUUGUAGUGCAGCUGUAGCUCUUCCUAAAAGUUAAAAAAACAGCGCUUGCAGAUGUGUUCAAGUGAAGGUAAAAAAGAAACAACAAAUGUCUUCAGAGCAAUAUCUAAUACCAUGAUGUGCUAAUUUAAAGCUAUUUCCAUUGUCUGGCAAAGCCCAGGUAAUAAACAAGAAAUCACACCUAAAAAAAAAAAAAUCUGUAUAUACUAAUUUAAUGGCCUCUGCCUUCUGAACCAGAAAGGGGUUGGACAGCUCUCUGUAUUUUCAGUGAGUCUCAAUUCCAGGCAUUUAGAAGGCAAGCCGAGCGGCACUGUGUACUGUAUAUUGUUUAUCAGCAUUAUCAGUAUUAUUAUGCUACUCUACCAAGGUCACAGUGAUUUGUAAAAGUUAUAGGCAAGGUGGGGGAUAUAUAUUUAUAAUCCUAAUCACUUUUUUUUUAAAUUGCUUCGUUUGGUAAAGACCAAUAUAAAUGUUAAAAUACUGCAGCCAGAAAGUGCUGUCUGGUGUUUUCUUUAUAAAAAAUGCUUUCGCAAUAAACAGUUUUACUGAACAGCUACUACCCCAAGACUAGAAGGGUUUCCAGUUGUAACGGCGAGGGGGUUUGAUAUUCAUAGGAUGCGUUUUUUAAAAGGGGUCCUGUUCCUGGUUCGGAUUUACAAAAGUUGCCAUUUCAUGGGGGGACUCCUAGUUUAGUGGCUUUUGGGACGGAUGGAACUGCAGGCUGUUCCAUCACACCUUAGAGACAGUUACCCUGACGUGCGCUGUCAUGACCCAGGUGAAAAUCUGGGAAAUGCAGCCAACAAGUGAGAUCCCUGAAAGAUUAUUCUUUUGUAAGACAAGUGAACAAGCUGUUCACAUCUCCACAAUGCUAAAUAUUUAAUCUGCCAGAGAGUAGACAAUUCUGAUGUUGUUGGGUCAUUCCCUGUAGGCUAAUAAUUUAGGACCUCGAUGGAUUUAAUUGGUUUAAAUGAACAAGAAUGUAGAUAGAACGUCUUGACUGUAAAACCAAACAUUGCCACCCCCACCCUCACUGAUACUUUAGCUGACUGCAUCGUUCAUGUUUAACGGAAAAUCACACUUUGGGAGGGGGAUAUAUAUGUAUAGCCUGUUGUGCAUUUGUUGAAUAAUGCUAGUGUCACUACAUUUCUAUGCAAUAAAAAAAAAAAAAAAAUUCUACAUUUUUUUUAAUCUAUUUUGAUAUUUAUGAAGGAUUUUUUCCUGUAU